AUGGACGAUAAAGAUCCGGCUUUAAAUUUUUUAACUGAAUUCACCUGCGUGUACCCAUUUUCACAAAAGAUGUGCAAUGGUUUCUCAAAAUUAUUCCGUUUCAUUUUCGACAACCAUUUGGACUCUGUGACCACAUUAGACGUAUGGCUGCUGUCUUCCUUUGUUCUCAUAUUCCUGGCAUUUUUGGUCGUAUCUAUGUUUACUAUAUUUGAAAAAGAUCAAAAGUCUUUGCAGCAAAUUAAAGAAAAAGUGAGGCAUUCAACUGCAGUCAUUGCGCAGCUGGCGGCAACUUUGUGGGCUAUACGAGAAACAAAAACCAAAAGCAUAACUCCGGAAGGGUACAGAAGAAUAAGAGCAAAUAAGGAUGCCAUUAUAACACUGAAAAAUCCGCCACCACUAAUAGAGCUCGACAUGCCUAAGGACCCCGAAGAAAAACCGAAAGAGGCGAAGAAGAAGUCUGUCAGAGGAUUUAAGCCAUUUAAAAGGGAUUUAUCGCAGCAGCAAAUCAAGAGUCCGCCUUAUCCGAUUCUUAAGCGGGCAAAACUUGCUCAACAAAAAAAAACAAGUAGUUUUUCCAGUGUGCUAAAUAAAAGAUCAAACAACUUGCGAGCUGUAGCCAGCGCCAUUUCCCUCAACAAAAAACAAUCAGAUAGUGUAACUCUAAGAUCUAUCUGCGAAGGAGUCGAGACUCGAAUCCUUGGUCCAUCGAAAGUAGUUAAGAAAGCACAAUUUGGAAUCACCGUAAAAUAA